AUGGGCGUCACUGCGGCGGUCAUCGCCCAAGUCAUUCACUUUGCCUUUUGCCUUUGGCCGCACACCUCGACGACCAUGGCGUUCCUUACGAUUGAAGACUUCAAGAUGUGUUUCUCAAUCUUCUGCUGCGUCUGCGGCGUCGGCUCCUUGGGUCUCGCUGGCAACUACGCGAGCGCCGGCUACAUCUGGGCAACCGUCGCCUUCUUCUUCAUGGCCAUCGCCAACACGUACGCCACGUGGUGCCUCUCCAAGGUGCUCCUCGCGGCGCCCAAGUCCGUCUUUACGUUCGGCGACGUCGGCGAGUGGGUCAUGGGCCGCCCCGGGCGGUACCUCACUACGAUCUCGCAGUGCGUCCUCUGCACGUUGCUCCCGAUUGUCUUUUUGGUGCUCGGCGGCUCGCUCCUCGUGAUCCUCUUCCCCGGCUCGUUCUCGCAAACGACGUGGAUUGUCUUGAUGGCGGUCACACUGCUCCCGGUCUGCCUCGUACCCACCAUGAAGGAGGGCGCGGGCAUGGCGGCAGCUGGCUGCCUCGGCACGAUUUUUGCCGACGGCAUUGCCCUCGCGCUCCUCAUCACCAACAUGCAAGACGUCAACCCGAGCGGUAUCUCGCCGCCGUCACCCGACAUUGACUUUAAGAGCGUCACGACGGUCUUUGGCAACUUGGCGCUCGCAUAUGGCGCGUGCAUCAUCAUUCCGACGCUGCAGCACGAGCACUCGCAGCCCGAGCGCAUGCCGCGCCUCAUCCUCGUGGCCCAGACGAUCAUUUCGGUUUUCUUCUUCCUCGUCUCGAUCCUCGGUGUCUUCUCGACGGGCUGCCAAACGCCGGGCAACCUCUUGUUUUCGAUUGCGGGCUCGGGCCUUGGCUUCAAGGCCAGCCGCGGCUUUGUCAUCCUGAGCUUCCUCUUCAUGCAGCUCCACGUCACGAUCGCGUUCUCGGUCAUCUUUUUCCCCGUCUUUCAGAUUCUCGAGCGCUUGGUUCUUGGUCUGCACAAGUUUGAAGGCGACGCAAUCGAAGCUGAUAUUGAGACGCCGGCCAUCGACGGCGCGACCCACUACGCGGCGGACAACAAGGCCAAGGACGAUGACAUGAAGCUGCACGACGAAGCCAUUGAUGCGUACAAGGCGCCGGGGGCGUACACCAAGGCUGCGAUCCUCCGCACGGCCAUGAUCGCCGUCUGUGUCGUCGUCGCGGUCAUCUGGAAGGACCACCUCGGCGCGCUCAUGGACUUUGUCGGCGCGUCGACGUCGUCGCUCGUCAACAUGAUUCUCCCGAUCACGUUUUACCUCAAGACGUUCUGGCCGAUGAUUUCCAAGGGCGAGAAGGCGUUUGGCAUCAUCUGCAUUCUGAUCUCGUGCUUCCUCGCCGUGUACGUCUCGAUCAACACGGGCAAGGAGCUCUUUGCGCCCGUGGAACGUGACCCGAAGAUCCUCUUCCCGCUCUGCCCCGCCAAGUACCAGGAAGUCGUCUUCACCAACACGACUUUUUACAAGUACUAAGGCCUCGUGUGCUCGAGACGCUAUGUCUGUCUCGGUUUGUAGUGUUGAUCUAAAAUGUUAGUCCCGU